AGAAAAACGGACUCAGAUUGAAUCGAAAAUCCGUCGCCGUCGGGUGUGUUUUAGUGUCCGAGUGCGCAUUAUUUUCCUUUUUAUUCCUCUGGUCCCAAGUGAAUGUCCGAGAUGAUUGGUGUUUUAAUGGCGUAAAUGUUUCGUGAUUCAUGUAAAACAGUGGCACAAGUGUUCGGCAAACGGCAGUAUUGAUUUAUCAAUCAAAAUUUUAGGAAAAUUUAAAAAGGUGGAUCGAACGAGAAUCGCUGAAUCGAAGUGAAAAUUUGGGGAAUUGGGGCGUGUGACCGUGUCUGACAGGCUGAAAAGUGAGAAAAAAUUUGUUAAAUUGUAUCGCACUCAGUAGUUUAUCCGUCUGGGAGUGCGUUCCAGUGCUGAAAAUUGGCAAUAUUUUAGUUCUAGUGGAACGGCUGGAGAAAUUUCGAACAGCAGUCGCAGAAUCAUCAGUAGUUCAGUUCAGACCGCAGUGGGGAGAGAGUGCUGCUGCACUUGGCUCGGCCGAAAGCAACACACAAAAAUAGCUUCCGGAUGAUGGCCGUGGCUGUAAUGACGACUACAACGACGAUGAUGAUGAUUGUAAUGACGGUUUGAACGACCUAAACACACGAAUCCAGAAAGCAUCAAGGAGAGCAUAUCGAGGGAUCUGGAAGAAAUCAAAUGAACAGCUUAGCAAUGGAACCGAAAACGAUGGACCUGUACGAAUUCCUAGUGGAAUCUGAACUACAACACUACUACAACUCGCUCAAAACCGAUCUCAAAAUCACCACCAUCGCACACCUCAAGUAUGCCACCGACGAGGACCUCCGGCAGGUGUGCGGCCUUUCACGACCCGAGAUCCGUCGGUUACGGAAGUACUACGAGAAGUAUUACCCGCACGGUUAUCUGAACAAAAUAAAACGCCUGCUGCAGGCGCCAAAAAAGGACGACAAUGGAGUGGGCAGCCCGACGUCCAGCGUGGAACCAUUGAAAACGUGCCCCUCGCCGAGUAAGAUUCCCAACAACAAACACAUCAUCCCGGCCGACGCCAUCACGGUGAACAAACAGCUGGGAACCGGAGAGUUCGGGAUUGUUCAGCAGGGUGUGUGGACUAAUGGCAACGAGCGGAUCCAGGUGGCCAUCAAGUGCCUCUGCCGGGAGCGUAUGCAGUCCAAUCCGAUGGAAUUCCUCAAGGAGGCAGCCAUAAUGCACUCGAUCGAGCAUGAGAACAUCGUGAGAUUGUACGGAGUGGUGCUGGACACCGAAUCGUUGAUGUUGGUCACCGAGUUGGCCCACCUGCGGUCUUUGUUGGAGUGCUUAAAGGACCCUGGGUUGCGGGUUAGCUUCCUAACGGUGCCCACGCUGUGCGAAUUUGCUGCGCAGAUUUGCAACGGUAUGAUGUAUCUGGAGAACAAACGACUGAUUCAUAGAGACUUGGCAGCACGUAAUAUCCUAGUUUUUAGUAAAAAUAAAGUGAAAAUUUCGGAUUUUGGACUCUCGCGAGCGCUUGGAGUCGGUAAAGACUACUAUCAGACGAAUUUUAAUGUUAAUCUCAAGCUUCCAAUCGCAUGGUGCGCCCCGGAGUGCAUAAACUUCCUUCGAUUUACAAAUGCAUCGGAUGUGUGGGCGUAUGGAGUUUGCUUGUGGGAGAUUUUCUCGUACGGUUUCCAACCUUGGGCAGCUUUAACCGGCCAUCAGAUUCUCGAAGCCAUAGAUGAACCAAAUUACCAACGACUGGAGAAACCCGAGUGCUGUCCGAAAGAAUACUACUCGCUCAUGUUGAAGUGCUGGCAACAUGAUGCUCUGAAGCGACCGAAAUUCACAGAAAUCUAUCAGCUUCUUCCGGAUAUGAAACCAGAACAGUUGAAAACUAUUGUUUCGUUUAGUGAACCCAAAAAAGAUCACUUGUUGUACAGGCAAGGCGAGAUCAUAACGGUGCUGGACAAAAGUACGAACUCCCCUUAUUGGAAAGGAGUACUCAAUUCGGGUAAAACUGGUUUAUUCAACCCGGCCAAUACGGUUGCCUAUUUGGAUAGUCUUCCAUCGUCCAUCAAUCGGGAUAGCUUUAGCAGGACAUCGGAACGAACGAGCAAGCGUAAGAUCCGAACAGAUAUGAUCUCGCGUCCACAGAACGAUCUUAAACACACGGGUCAUGUGGGGAUCGACGGAGCGUACUUCGGUGACGUGGCAUUUCUGGCCAGUCCGCAGAAUCUCCCCCGUCAGAUAGUGACCCCUUAUAAACCAUCCGAAGAUCUGGAACAAACGCCACUUUUACUACCACCUACUCCAACCAGUCCAGACUCGAUUCAGACAGCAAGUGGGUAUUUUUCCGAAACCCUUCAAACCGGUCAUCAGAACUUUGUCAAUGCUGGCGAAAACCACGACCGCUCGACUGUGGAUAGUGGUCUUGCCAGUGCGUUCGAUUUUCGAAACAGUGGGUUUAAAGAUAGCAAUCCGUUCAUUAACGUGGACGUCAAUGGGGAUUCCAGUUCGCACAAUCCAGUCAAGGAGGCAAAGUCGACAGACAAUCAGGAUCCCCAUGAGUAUCAUGAAAUCUCCGACGACGACAUACCCACAGAGAAGGUGUUUGACCACGGCACUUCUCUGCUGGACGAGGUGGUACACAUGAUCAAAUCGAUGUCGACGGCCACCGAACAACACCAGCAGCACCUUGCCCAAUCGCAGCCGCCCUUGUCGCCGGAUGUGGAAAACACCAACAAACGAAACGAAAUAGCCGAACUGUCUUCCAAACUGAAUCGUAAAAACAGUUCCAGCUCCGGUACGGUCAGCAAUAAGGGCGGACACAAGUCGAAAAAGAAAACCGGCAGCGUGAAACCUAUCUCUGUGAAGGACGAAAAGCUGCUGAACCAAGCAAUCGAAAUUGCUAACGAAAUCAGCGCAAAAUCAAUGACCGAUCUGGUAUCGGACUCUAGCCAGCAGACGUCGAGUCCGAAGCGAAAGUUUAGUUUCCGCUUUCCGCACAUUCACGGCGUCGUUGGGGGUGGCAGUGGCGGUAGCGGUGGCAGCGGAGGCAGCAGCCACCACCACUCGUCCGGGUCCGGCUCCAUGGGCUUGGGUGGGGGUGGUGGCGGCGGUGGUGGUUCAGCCGGUGGCAGCCGAGGCGGCAGCGGAUCCGACAAAGACCACCUGGCGUCUUCGUCUUCGUCCGGUCAUCAUCACCUGUCCGGGACGCUGUCGAGCGCGUACCGCGAGAGGCGAAACUUUUCCGAGGAGGCCAAGAAUGUGCCGGAUUUGCACAGUACCAUCACCGAAGAGCAUCGCCAGGCCUACAAUAGCUUAGUGGAAAAUCCUCAUGGCGGGGGAACCUUUCCACCAGACCUAAAGUGCUUCACCGCCUCUACCUUGCCCCGAUCGCGAUUCAACACUGGCAGCUCAUUUUCCUCCGCCACGGGAAGCUUCCGCUUCAAGGAGAUCGAUCUUACGAUCCCGCCCUCGCAUCCUGCACCGAAAUCUCCGGGGCCAUGCAGCUCAGACAGCAACCAAGGAGACGAAUCCAACCCGUUGCGCAUGCUACGUAGUAAGAAUUUCCCCGUGAUUCGACCACGCCUCAAAAUACAAACUCAAAACAGCGUUGAUGAACAUCUCGUAUCGCUUGAUGACAAAGACGGGCCCUGCGAAAGUCCCAGCUAUCUAACGAACCCAGAAUACACCUACAACAAUGCAGCAACCGGCGGUGGAGACGUCGAGCAGCCAACAACUCCUUCCGCCGCUAAUCCUAUUCCUCUACCGCCUCGCGAUCGCAACAAAGUCAUCGCUGCCAAUGCAAAACGCCACGUCCGAAAGCAUCCAUUGAUCAUCCCCGCUUCAGGUUUACAGCGAACUCUGAGCAAAGUCACCCAAGUUACUCCAGUGGAAGAGAAAACCGACGUAUUUACUGUCCCUACUGACGAUUCCGUCAAUCUCGAUUCCAACAACGUACUGUUGAAAUCAUCUUCCGAUUCUUCCAAACUUAACGAAAUCGGACAUUCUUACGUAAAUAAUAACAACAUGAUGCAUCAAAAAUCUUACGCGAAAGACUUUGUUGAGAACAAUUUCUCAAACAUUAAACCCCUGACAACUCUUCCGGCUACAAUCCCGGCCACAAGUACGAUCCUCACCAGGCGCCGUAACGAACGCGAUGCGGCCAAUCGACAGUCUCUUCCUCGCGAUCCAACCUACGAAAACCUAGACAUCUACCAGACCCAUCAGUUCAACAACAGCUUCAACGUCGACACUGCAUCCCUACACUGCGAAUCCAUCCUGGAGAACGAUUCGGAUAAGGUUGGCGACCUGUCGUCACCUACGUCGUCGAUCGACGUGGUAGACAGCUUCACAAGUGCCUUGUAUGAUAUCGAAAACAAGAAAACUACCAAACUAGUCGACGACGUGCUGCGCAAUGUCGACACAAUGGUCGACACAAAAACAGUGGACAAAAAGGAGUUGCUACGAUCACCGCCACCACCGGUGGGGCCGGCACCCACUCUCAACGCGGCCAUGGUAGAAUCGUUCAGCAACAGUCUAUCGCGGCCGGCACCGCCACCUCCCCCGCUAACAGCUACGUCGUCAACGGUUGCUCCGGCCGUAGACGAAAUCGACGGUAUGCCAACGUCACCGGCGUCCGUUUCGGAAGGCGAUCUGAAGAAAUCUCUCAGCUACGUCAGCUGCGAGGAUCUGCUGGAAUUUGCCGAGAAACCCAAGGGCCGAGCCCGCGGACUGGAGUCGGACGAAGUGCGGAUCAUGUCCAAGGUGCUCGGAAAGAAUAUUCCACCAGAGCAGUGCUUAUUAACGUUGGACUUCAUCGACUGGGACAUCCAUAAAGCGAUAAAGCUGUGCAAGCUGCAGAACAUUCUCUCCUCCUACAACCUAUCGCUGGCGGAAAGUCGUGAAGCGCUGGAAGGCUAUGACUGGGACCUACAUACUACGGCACUAAAACUGAAAACGCACAAAUAGUCAACAUACAUACACAAUCCGACCUCACCAGCGAAUCCAACAGAACACUCCAAUCGCAUCAUCAAACAAAUUCAAAUGUCUUCCUUCAGUGCAAAACAGACCUAACAAGUAUUAUCCAUUGCAGCCUCUCUUUUCUUGUUUAUAAGCUCUCUUACUCGAUAUAGUGUAGUCUAUCAGUUUUGCAUGUUUCCGUAAGUUCAAAUGUUGAGGAAAUAUCAAGCUCAAAGUCGAAACGAAACAAUUUCCAGUGCAGAUGCAUUUUAAGUGUUUUUAACAAAAGUGACUAUUUUUUACACAAAUGCUUACAAAAUUAUUACUCGAAUGAUUGCCAAAAUAGUUUAUUAAGUGUUCUUAAAGCCAAUUAAGUCAAAUAUACUCGUACAUUUUCGAAUGUUAUUCAUGAUUCUA